AUGAUAUUGGCACUGAUCUCACAGUUGCAGCGGAAGCGGCACAUCGGCAGUGACAUCGUUGCUGUGGUCUUCCAGGACCAGAACACGCCCUUAGUGUCCGACACGAUCGCAUCCAACUUCCUGCACGUCUACGUCAUGGUGCAGGCCGAGGGCGGGGGCCCAAUGGCCCGCUCUACAAGGCAGGUGAUCCCGCGUGUUUCUGACCUGAUCCCCCUUCCCCUCUCCCUCCGCAACGAGGGCUCCCAGGGCCCUGAGUUCCAGGAAUUUUUGCUGACAAAGCUGAUCAAUGCUGAAUAUGCCUGCUACAAGGCAGAAAAGUUUGCCAAGCUGGAGGUGAGGAUGUGGGCGGGCCGCCCCGCCCUCCUGGAGACGCUCUAUGAGGAACUGCACAUGCACAGCCAGUCCCUGAUGGGCCUUGGCCGCGACGAGGACAAGAUGUUUUUCGAGUCUUUCAAGGGGGUCAUCUGGGGUUGGAGCCAGUUCAUGGACACCAUGGGGCUAAGCAAGAAGAAGUCCAAUACCAUGUCCACCAGCCACAGGGGGGGCUUUGCACCCAACAACCCCAAUCUGGCCAAGGCAGCUGGAAUAUCAUUGCUUAUUCCUGGGAAAAGUGCUAAUAGAUUCGGACACCAGGGCAGAGCCAUAGGCAUAGGAACUGUGGAAGAGGUUGUUGUCUGAGGGGCUGCCAGCUCUGGAGGCUGCCUACAUGUGCUGCUCUCUGCUUGCUCUCAGGACGGGGGCCAUAUUGGAGAUGUUGCCCCUCUUCCCUCUGGUCAGGCCCAAGGGCAUGUGGGGUGGAGUGCCGGCAGCUCUGAGGGCACUCAGCACCUGCUGUGGGGCUGCCUCUCCCUGCAGUCACUGAUUGUCCCAGGGAAGAGCCCAGCAAGGAAGAAGUUGGGCCCGUUUGGCUUAUGCCGCAGCAGUGUCAUUGGCAUUGAGAACCUACAGGAGGUACAGGAGAAAAAGGAGAACCCCCCAGCUGGCCAGAAGACCCCAGAUAGUGGGCAUGUGUCACAGGAGCCCAAGUCGGAGAACUCAUCCACCCAGAGCUCCCUGGAGAUGCCCACAACCAAGAACAGGUUGGGGCACAUGGCUCACCGAGCCAGGGGCUUGGGUGCAGAGAACUCAGCCUCUCCAUCCCCAGCCUGGGCUCAGGGCCCCCUUGGGCUGCUGUGGGAACAUUGCCACCCAGUCGGGGAGGCCUGGGUGCUCACCUGGGUCCCCCUUCAACCCACUUCCAUUGAGCGCUUGGGCAGGCCAGGCCCCAGGCAAGCCCCGGGAUGCAGCAGUGAACUGGAUGUGUCCACUGUCUGCAGGUCACAGAGCUCAUGGAGUAAAAACAUUGCCAAAUAA